AUGGGGAUGCUGACAGGGUAUCCACCGUCGGGCCAGCCCCCAUACCCCCCUGCAGGUGCUCCCCCACCCACGAGAAACCUCCCUCCCGGUCAGCCGCCGUACCCCCCAGCGGACGCCCCACCCACGGGAACCCCCCCUCCUGUUCAGCCCCCAUACCCCCCUGCAGGUGCUCCCCCACCCCCCACGGGAAACUCCCAUCCCGAUAACUUCGGAGAUGCCUUCCAUAAAUAA